AUGGCAUCACUGGUGUUUGGGGUGGUGAAUGGGAAUGCCCGCGCGUUUGCCAUUGAAAGCGGAGGUGUCUUUCUUGACAUGAACGACAUGAGACAGUGGGACAUCACAGACGAUGAAGAGCGUUUGACCGCCUUGUUGGGCAAAAUGAGCAUGGCAAAGAUUGACCAGACCUUGGACUCGCUGGGUUUCUCUACCAGAAGAAAGAGUGGAUGCACCAAAGCGGGCAUGAUUGCUUCAUUCCUCCAUCACUGGAACAACAUCAAGGCAAAUGCAGAGGAGCUGAUUUCUUGGCGAGGUGGAGGCACUGCUUCAUCUUCGCAUACUGCAUCUUCGUUCACUGCUUUUUCUGGCGAGGCACACUCAUUGAAUGACGAGGGCAAUGAGGACAAGAACAACAACAAUGCCACCGUGUCGGUUCAAGUCAUUCACCACAUCGACGGGCGCACUGUUUCCUUGGGGGACUUCAUGCUCAACAUUGAUGUUGGGCUGAGUGUCUCUUCUUUGGUUUCUGUCAUCGCCAAAGGCAUUCGAGGUGCUUUCAGAUCCAGCUAUGACUUCAAGCAGGUGCUCAUGCGCAACGGCACCUACAUGGUUGACCCCAUCAUUUCCCUACAGAGUUUGGGUUUUUCUACUAGUACCACCAAUCAUGUGCAAUCUCACGUGUUUGAAGAGGGCGACUCAGAAUUCAGGGCAAUCUUUGAGGGCGAGGAGGACAGUGACGACCGCGAGAGCAUCAGCGACUACGUUGAGUACCUUCACGAUGCGUCUGACUUCGACACCACCAACAAACAGGGGGUGACUGUUGAAGUCAAGGAGGCAAUGAAGGGGCGCGUGCUUUUCUUGUUCUCUGAUCUUGACGGCAACAUGACAGUGGAUGCCUUGAAGAACAUGAUUGCCGAAGAUGCCGAGCGGAGGGCAAAUGCGAUGGUUUUGUCGGACAAGCCAAAGAAGGUUCUGACUUCCGAUUGCUUCAUGCUACGCACCAGCGAGGGCAUGAAAAUGGAGGACGGCAUCAUUGCGGAUUACACCGAGGAGGACGAGGGCGCGCUUGUGGUGCAUUUGAUGCUUCGUCUCAAAGGUGGUGCAAAGGGGGUGAAGCAACAGGUCAAGACUAAGGAGAAGGUGGAUGCCUUCAAAUCCCGCGCCAUCAAGGUGAAGGAAGUUGCCGUGCUUGAUGAGUUGCAGUUCUUCAAGCACAUGAUUGACACCUUCAUGACCCACGUGGAGCACGACAGUGCAGGAACCAUUCAGCAUCUUCUUUCUGCCUUGGAUGCGGAAAGGUUGGGGAGUUUGUCCUUGAUGCUUGGCAAUGCCAAAGGCGCCACGAUGGAAGUGAAAAUGUCCGACAUCGCCAUCAAAAUGUUUGGGGUCAAUGGCGAAAAGCUUGAGAACCUCUACGGUCAGUGUGAGAGUCUCUCGGGAUUUGCGACCUCGUCCAUGUGCUACGCCAUGUCCAACGCGCAGUGGAACAUCUCCAAUCUCAAAAAGUGCGUUGACGCCGUGAUGAACCAGAAGAUUGGGCAACAGAUGGCGAUUUCGGCAUUGCAGAGCCAGCAGGGCGACACUGGCGCAUAUGGUGGAGCAUCCAACAUGGAGAGUUGA